AUGCCGAAGGAGGAGCUGCCGGGGCUGCUCGCGCGGUUGGAGGGCCGAGUGCGGCGCGGCGACUCCGUGGAUGAGCUGCUGGACAAACUGGCGGAGCCGAUUUUGGACGGGUUGACCGAUUUCAUCCGCGACCUCCUCGGCCUGGAGCCUCGAAAGGCGAAAAAGCGGGUUCGCUUUGAUGAACAACCGACCGCGACCCCGGCAGACCCACCGAGGCCGGCGGAAACUGCCAAACCGCUCGAUGGGGGCGAAAAGGAGCAGGUCGAGUAUAAUAACGCGACGCGAUCGGAAAAACUCUUCGGGAUCGCAUUUCACAAUCGCUACCUUUUUGCCCUGGAUUAG